AUGAGCUCUUCUCCUAGUCUCAUACACCGCAGAAGAAAGGACCAUCGUCGUGGCAUCGCGUACUCGGUGUUGCUAGUCGGGAACACUGGUACAGGUAAAACCGCAUUUGCGAACAAUUUACUCGAGAGUGCUGUUUUCCCGCAUCGUUACAGCCUUGAAACGCCUCAAUUGCCCGGAAAUCCACGUGUCCAGAUUGUUAAACCAACCAAAGUCGUGUCCUACAAUUCGAAAAAUGGGAUUCCAUCGCAUGUUGCCCAAUUCGACGCGUCUCGUGAACACUUAGAACCGGGCAUAACUAUCACUUCAACGACGAUGGAAAUCUCUACCAAUUCUGAAGAGGCUGGUUCCAGAGCGUCUGUUUCGAGCGAUGGAUCUAGUAGCGCCGCGACGCAACAAGGCGUUGCUACCGACAAGAUCCUCUUCAAUUUGGUCAAGACGCAUGGGAUCGGUGAAAACUUGGACAAUCGCAUGUGCUUCAAAGAAAUCACUGCGUUUCUCGAACAACAGUUUGAUCAGGUGCUCGCCGAGGAGACCAAGAUUCAAAGAAACCCGAGGUUCGAAGACACACGUGUCCACGUCGCCCUGUAUUUCAUUGAACCUACGGGUCACGGUUUGCGCGAACUUGACGUUGAAAUGAUGAAACGUUUGUCUCGUUACGCUAACGUUUUACCCAUUGUGGCCCGCGCGGACUCGUUUACGCGUGAAGAGCUCGCGAAUUUCAAGAAAAAUAUCAUGGACGAUAUCGAACGGUACAACGUGCCCAUCUACAAGUUCGAAGUCGACCCCGAAGAGGACGACGUCGAAACCAUCGAAGAAAACCAAGCUCUCGCUUUAUUGCAGCCAUUUGCAGUGGUGGCUUCCGAUACUAAAAACAGUGACGGAGAAUACGUGAGAUCGUAUUUGUGGGGGGACGCCAAGAUCGAUGACACCGAGAUUUCGGACUUGGGAGUUUUGAAAAACGUUUUAUUCGGUUCCCAUUUCCAAGAAUUCAAAGAUACCAUGCAAAACGUAUUAUAUGAAAAUUACAGAGCCGAACGACUCUCUUCGGUUGCGGAAUGGGACGUGGAUCAACAAAAAGCCGUUUCUGAAAAUAAAAGAGAUUCGGGCGCACCAAGUUUGUCGAAUUUUGCGUCUUUGAUCACUACGGGACAAUUCAAAUCUUCGACUUCACUAGCACUUCGGCCUCAAUCGGAAACUCCACCUGUUGCAGUUGACGCCAAGGACUCUGUCAUGGAGGAUCCAGCUUCCCCAACACUAAGGCAGAUUUCUCAAAGUAUAAGACGUGGUAACGAAGAAAUUAUAAACAAUAUUAAGAACUCUCCUCGUGCCGAAGGUCCCGGUUCUCCAGACAGAAGCAAGCUUAGAAACAUUUCCGAGACCGUUCCAUAUGUUCUCAAACAUGAACGAAUCAUUGCUAAACAGCAAAAGCUUGAAGAAUUGGAGGCUCAAUCCGCAAGAGAAUUGCAAAAACGUAUACAAGAGCUCGAGAAAAAAGCUGCAGAACUCAAACUUAGAGAAAAACUGCUACGUCAGAGACACCUUGACGGUUCUGCUUCGUCGCUUCGUUCAAGAUAUUCAACCGAUUCUAACAUUUCGCAAGCAGCGCCUCAAAUCAAAAAGGAGGAAAGUAGGACGGAUUUGGCAUCUAUCGUUAGCGGCAAGGCAUAA